AUGGAUAAUGUAAGGUGUUUGAUUUGCUCAAGAAGAUUAAAAAGUCAGGAUUCACUUCUUCUACAUGUUAAUUCAGCACAUUUGAAUGUUCCUAAUACUAAUAAGAAAGCAAGAAGAAAACCAAAAAGGCGUAAUGGUAAUGACAACAGUAAUGAUGGUCACGAAGAUGAUGGAGAUGAUAAUGGUAACGGCAUUGAUGAAAUUAAAAAAGGAGACAAAGACAGAAAUCUUAUAAUUAUUGAUGAUGAUGAUGAGUGUGAGGAGGGGGAAAUUGACAAUGAUAGCAAUGACAAUGAUAUGAGUACAAAUAUUAUUAUUAAUGACAAUGAUACGAGCAUGGGUACGAUUAAUGACAAAAAUAAUAAUAUUCAAAUUCAAGAAAAUGACGUUAAUGACAAUAAUGAUGAAACAAAAGAUGUUUCAUUAAUAUCCAAGCAAAAAAUACAACAUAGUAAUCAAACAAAAAGUCAGACACAGAAUCCUCCAAAUAUUAAUGCACCAGGACUCAAUAAUAACACCAAUAGUGGUAGUCUUCCUUUUUUUAACCUUAUCAAUUUUAACGAUAUUGGCGAAUCAGUUACCAUGCAAUUUACUUCAACAACAGGACAAGUUGUUUCAAGAUCUUUCAUUAGAUGUAAGAUUUGCAAUAUGAAUUGUGAAUCCGAUCUAGCCUUUUCACUUCAUAAAAGACAAGCACACUGA